AUGGAAACUAAGUUUGUAAGAGAAGAUGCUUAUGAAACGAUAGACGACUAUCUUCAAUACAUAAGACAAACUAUUUUUAUUGUUCAACAUUUUUUUCACUCUUAUUAUCAUAAUUUGUUGACGACCUCAGACAUUUUAGAUGAUAACAGGUUUAAAGAAGCUGAUAAAUAUUCAAAAAUGAUAUAUUUGGCUUUACAACUUAAAUGUUAA